CAUCUUUGGAAGCAUGCUGCUCGUCGUUAGCACAGCAGCUAGCUAGCACAGUGAAGAGGGAAACAGUCAAACUAGAGCGAAAUUGAAGCUUUGACAUUUCUUUUAAACGUAGGAAAAUAUAUUGACAAUUUCUGCUUUCACGACUGAUGCUGUGGCGUCACUUUGGCUCGCUUAAAACUGUUUUAAAACGUCGUAAUAUCAGUUGGUUUAGCCAUGUUUACAGAGCUAAACAGCAUCCUUAACACCUCUCCAGACACCAUCACACAGGGAGAAUUCAUCUUAAUCUCAGACAGAAAGAGCGAUGCCUCUUUUCUCAUUCACCACUUCCUGACGUUUUACCUGAAAGCACGCUGCAGAGUCUGCUUUCUGGGUCUGGUGCAGUCUUUCAAUCAUUACCAUGCAGUCAGCCAGAGAUUGGGUGUCAGCUUAUUACAGGCCAAAGAAAAAGGUCAGCUGGUCUUCCUGGAGGGACUGAGCGAGUCGCUGUCUGUUUUGAGUCCUCGAGAAACCAACACGGGGAGUCAUCUGGGCCGAGGAGGCGAAGCCAUGGACUUCCUCAGAGAUCCUGCCGUCGGCCUGAAGAGCCUCUACGAGUUCGUUCGGUCCAGUUUGAGCAGUUCUGAAGGGUCCGAUGGGGCAGAGGAGUGGGGACCCCCGGUGCUGCUUGUGGACGACCUCAGUGUGCUGCUGAGCCUGGGGGUGAGCGUCGGAGCCGUGCUGGACUUCAGCCACUACUGCAGAGUCACCGUCUGCUCGCAGCUCAAGGGCAAUGUGGCGAUGCUGGCACGCUGUGGCGGGGAAGAAGAGGAGGACGAUGGAGACGAUGAAGGCUCCGAGAAACUUCUGAAGGGUCUGACCCACCAGUGUAGCCUCACCCUACAUGUACAGGGUCUACCCACUGGCUACUGCAGGGACAUACAUGGACAGGUGGAGGUGUGUUGGAGGAGGAGGAGACAAUGUGAAGGGAAAUACACACCGAAGAAACUCUUUCAGUACAAGGUCCAUGAUAAAGGAGCGUCCUUCUUCGCUCCUGGGACGUCCAGCGCUGUUCUCUAGUUUUAUCACCAUUACCUGCCUUUGGUCUCUUUUACGUGUUACAACUAACUCUUAUUUGUUUACAUCACCAAGAAAUACAAUGUUGGUUGUUUAGCUGAAGUGUGAACCCAGCUCUUUAGCUGGAUGAUCACUUGUUUAAAGGCGCACUCACACUAGGCAAUCAGUACCAUGCCUUAGAACGCUUCACUCUCAAAGUCCAGUCCGUUUGACUAGUGUGAGUGCUCCUUUCUGUGCUCAAGCACGGUACACUUCCUCUGCCGUGGCUCGCUUAAAAGAGGUGUGCUUCGACACGGUUACAGUUCAUGCACGAGCACAAGCACGUGUACACAACGUGGACAGCCUUUAAUAUUGCGAAAUCCCGGAGUGUUCUGUCUGUAUCUGACUAACAUGACUCAAAAAAAAAGCAACAUAGUCAGUAAUGUAGCUGUCUUGUUCUCUGUGUUGUUCUCCGAUGUGUGGACGCGGACUCGAACCUGCGUCCCUUGUAUUUAAAAUAAAACAAAAAAACCUGA